CUAGUUCACAUAGAAAAACAACAAACUCAUUUCGCACACAGUAAAAUAGAAAAUUACCCUUUAAACCGUCUUUAGGCUUAUUUUUUAUAUAAAAACUAAUGAAAAUUAUGCCCGUGUCAUGCUAGAAAACAUUUCGCUGUGUGUGAUCAAGAUCGAAACGGAUUUGGAUCCCAGUGCAGAUUCUGAGGGAGCUGUGUCCGCCGAACAUCCAACCAAUCCUCGAGUGCUCAAGGAGCGGGAACGCGACCGCGGACUUCGCCAAUCCCGCGAAAUCAUCAUCGAAACGUACACCAACCAGCGUUGGAAGCGAGAAUUGAGUGAACCCAGACAGCAGGAGAUGAACUGGGUAGCCGCCGUGCAGCAUGUGAACAGCCCCUCGGCGGGCAGCUCCCGGGAGAUAACUCCUCGGAGCGGCGAUGAUGGCCAGGCGGGAGCCAGCACCUCCAACUUCCCCCAGGAGAUAGGGUACUUCUCCGGCAAUCCCAUCGUCGAGGUGACCAAAGGUCUUAUCCAUCUCUACAAGAAGAACGAACGCAAGGCCAUCAAGGAAGCUCCGUCUAACCAACUCUGCCUGCUGGCCGUGCCAGCCACUCUUAACUGCCACGAUCUGCUGAACUUUAUUGCCCCCUGUCAUGCGGAGAUCAAACACAUCCAGAUUGUCCGAGACGGUAGCCCCAAUCAGUUCAUGGUGCUUCUGGAAUUCCGCUCGAAUGAAUCCGCUUUGGAGUUCUACAAGUCCUACAAUGGCAGUACCUACAACUCACUGGAACCGGACUCGCUGUGCCAUGCGGUCUGGGUAUCAGAGGUGGAGAGGAGCGAGAAUGGAGCACCACCAAUGGGACACACCGAGCUACCCACCUGCCCAGUGUGCCUGGAGCGCAUGGACGAGAGCGUGGAUGGAGUGUUGACCAUAUUGUGCAACCACGCCUUUCACGCCAGCUGCCUGAUGAAGUGGGGUGACUCCACCUGUCCGGUGUGCCGCCAUGUUCAAACUCCUGGACUGGUCGAGGAUUCCGUGUGCAUGGAAUGUGAGGGCACCGAUUCCUUGUGGAUCUGCCUGAUCUGUGGACAUGUGGGCUGUGGACGCUAUCAAGGAGGCCAUGCUGCUGCACACUACCGGGCCACAAAUCACACCUUCGCCAUGCAGUUGGGCACCUCAAGCGUAUGGGACUAUGCUGGUGACAACUUCGUGCAUCGCCUAUUUCAAAACAAAUCCGACGGCAAACUGGUGGCAUCGCAAACCGAGAAAGAUGAGCGCGAGGAAAAGAUCGACUCCAUGCAGAUGGAGUUCACCUACCUGCUGACCUCGCAGUUGGACACACAGCGCAAGUACUAUGAGGAACGAAUGGAACGGCUGGAGCAGGAGUGGCAGAACCACAAGGCGACUGCCAACGAAGCCAAAACAGAAGUCACCGAGCUUCAACAGCUUCAGCAGACCAUGCAGAAAGAGAAGGUCAACCUGGAGCGCAAGUUGUCUCAGCAUACAGCUAAGCUAAAGGAUGUGCAGAAGCAGCUGAACGAAGAGCGUGAGUUGUCCAAGGCACUGCAGACCAACCAGAGCUCCUGGCACGGCAAAUACAAGCUCCUGGAACAGCAGUACAAUGAGUUCAAGCAAACCCACGACGCCGAGGUGACCGACUUAAAGGAACAGCUGCGCGACAUUAUGUUCUUCUUGGACAAUCAGCAAAAGAUGGCCAACUCCGAGCUAGCGGGUGCCUCCAUUACAGGCAUUGGAGAAAAGGAGCCGGAUCCCAACAGCCGGCGCGGUAAUCGUCGCAAGAAAUAGAUCAUAGCCACCGUUCGCCGUCUUUAUAUUCAAGCUGCAUUGCUUACCCGAUCUUAGAUGGCUAUGCAAACCGAGUAUUUAAGGCUUAUAACAGCUCUAUAUGUGAUUUCCUUUGUAUAACGAAAACCUAAGGAUUAAAUAUAACUAGUGUAUGUUUACUACUACUCUUAAACAUAGAAACCCAUAUGUCCGAAAUGUAUUGCGUGUUUAUUUUGAAUUAAUAAAAUGUUUGGAGAAA